GGAAACUUAAGAGCCAUUGCAGCAUGGAGGGGAGGCGAGGCCUUUUUUUCAGCCUCAUCAUAGCAGCGUGUUUCUAUGGCAACACUGCACAGAGAACAGAAUGUGCCAACGCCACUGUGGCUGACAUCGUCUUCCUGGUUGAUGGCUCCUCCAGCAUCGGCAUCGAUAACUUUCAGGAGGUGCGACAGUUCCUUCGCAAAUUCAUUGAGGGUCUGGACAUCGGUGCUGACAAAGUUCGGGUUGGCUUGGCACAGUACAGCAAUGAGCCUCACCAGGAGUUCCUGCUGAAGGAUCACAUGGAUAAACAAUCUCUGCUGGCCCAAGUGGACAACCUGCCCUACCGAAUGGGAGGCACGGAAACAGGGAAGGCCAUUUCCUUCCUGGAGACGCAAUAUUUCACUGCACAGGCUGGAAGCCGCAUCAACCAGCGGGUUCCUCAGAUUGCCAUCGUCAUCACGGAUGGGGAGUCUGAGGACGACGUGAUAGCACCCACCCAGCAACUGAGGAAGCAGGGAGUCAUUAUUUUUGGCAUCGGGGUGGGAACGGCCGACAUGGUGACACUCCAGAACAUCACCAACCGGCCCCAUGAGCGUUUCCUGUUCAGUAUCGAUAACUACCAGGCUCUGCAGAGGCUGAUUGACAGUCUUCUACAAACAGUGUGUGUCUCCAUGGAGGACCAGAGGCAAGCCUUGGUUGAAAGGUUUGCAGACAUUUUCUUCCUGGUGGAUAAUAGCCUGAGUCAGCAAGACUUCCAACAGACCAGAACCCUCCUUGCCCGGCUGGUCAACCAACUUGAUGUCGGAGUCUCCGCCCACCGCAUUGGUUUGGCCCAGUUUGGCCAAGAACCCAAAGCUGAAUUUCUCCUCAACGCUUACAAAACCAAAGAGGAAAUCUCAGCUGCUGUCCGGCGCUUUCAACUGCGUCAACUGCAACCUAAUGAGCCACGUAACCUGGGUAGAGCUUUGGAGUAUGCCAGCACUCAGUUAUUCACCAGUGAUGCGGGUGGCAGAGAAGACCAAGGCUUCCGCCAGUUCCUGGUUGUUGUGUCUGGAGGAGAUUCGACUGAUGCAGUGUUUAAGGAAUCUCGAUUGGUGAAGUCAGAAGGGGUAAUAGUGGUUGGGAUCGGCCUAGGUUCUGCAUCAUUGAAUGAAACGAAAGUAAUAGCCACUGCUCCAUACAUAUACCAGUCUACCAACAUUGUGCCUGCUUUGAAGUCUGCCUUUGAGAUUGAACAAGAGUUGAUCCCUACUGGAGGUUGCGAAUUAGCCACACUGGCAGACAUUGUGUUCAUCGUUGAUGAGUCGGGAAGCAUCACAACUCCCAAUUUCCAGCUGAUACGUUCAUUCCUGUGUAAGAUUGUGGACGGCCUGGAGAUCAGCCAACAGAGAGUUCGAGUGGGCAUUGUCACAUACAAUGAUCGGCCCACAGCACAGGUCUACCUCAACACCUUCAAAGACAAGAGUGAGACCCUUCAGUUCAUCAAGAUCCUGCCUUACCGUGGAGGUGGUACCAACACGGGAGCUGCCUUGAAGUUUGCUCGGGAGAGAGUGUUCAUCAAGGAGAGAGGCAGCAGGAAACGCCAGGGCGUCCAGCAGGUGGCAGUGGUGAUCACAGACGGCAAAUCCCAGGAUGCUGUGAGCCAAGAAGCUGCUGAUCUCCGUCGAGCUGGUGUUACAGUGUACGCUGUAGGGAUCAAAGAUGCCAACAAGACUGAGCUGGAGCAGAUGGCAUCUUAUCCCUCAAAGAAGCAUGUGUUUACUGUGGGCCGUUUUGCCAAGCUGAAAACCCUGCAGCAGAGCCUGCAGAAGAUUCUGUGCUACAACAUCAUACGCCAAGCAAUCACAAUCAACACAAGGAGAACAGGCAUCAAAGAAGGCUGUAUACAAACAGAUGAAGCAGAUAUCUUCUUCCUGAUCGACCACUCCACUAGCAUUCAGCCCAAGGACUUCAGUGACAUGAAGAAGUUCAUAACUGAGUUUCUUGAUACCUUCCAUAUUGGGAAGCAACACAUCCGUGUGGGUGUAGCAAAAUAUGCAUCUUCACCAAACCUGGAAUUUAACCUGACAACCUACUCAGAUGCCAAGUCACUGAAAAAGGCAGUGGAGAACAUUAGCCACGAAGGAGGUGUGACGAACACGGGAGCAGCUCUGUCAUUCAUGGGUCCCAUCUUUGAAAGAGCAAUGCGUUCGCGAGGUCACAAAGUCCCUGAGUACCUGGUUGUCAUCACUGAUGGGAAGUCUUCCGACAAGGUCAAGGUUCCUGCAGAGAAACUGAGGGCACAGGGCGUCAUCAUCUAUGCCAUUGGGGUGAAAGAUGCAAAUGAAGCUGAGUUAGUACAGAUUGCAGGCACCCCUGAGAAGAAAUUCUUUGUCAAUGAUUUUGAUGGCCUGAAGCCAAUCAAAGAUGACAUUGUCACAGACAUCUGUUCUCAAGACGCUUGCAAAGACAUACCAAGUGACCUCCUCUUCCUGAUUGACAGCUCCGGCAGCAUCAACCCAGGAGACUACCAGAAAAUGAAAGACUUCAUGAAUUCAGUUGUCACCAAGUCUAAUGUCGGGCAGAAUGACGUGCACAUCGGCAUCAUGCAGUUCAGCACCGAACAAAUGCUGCAAUUCCCUCUGAACCAUUACUAUGACAAAGACAACAUGUGGAAAGCCAUCGAUGCUAUGAGGCAGAUGGGUGGAGGCACGCACACAGGCGCUGCCAUUACUGCUGUUUCACAGUAUUUCAGUGCAACCCAAGGAGGCCGUGAAGACCUAAGGCAGAGGCUUAUAGUGAUAACAGACGGCGAGGCCACAGACGAGGUCAAAAGGCCUGCUGAGGCUCUGAGGGCCAAGGGGGUUGUGAUCUAUGCCAUCGGGGUGGUGAACGCCAACACCACUCAGCUGCUGGAGAUUAGUGGUUCCCAGGACAGGGUCUACUCUGAGAGGGACUUUGAUGCACUGAAGGACCUGGAAAGCGAGGUGGCCAUGGAGAUCUGUGAUUCUGGCAGAGAUUGUAAGAAGACAGAAGUAGCUGACAUUAUUUUCCUGGUGGAUGGCUCCACCAGCAUAACCCACGACAAAUUCAGAAGUAUGCUCAAAUUUAUGGAGUCGAUGGUGAAUCAAACCAUCGUCGGUGAGAAGCUGACUCGGUUUGGAAUAAUUCUCUUCUCCAAUGACCCGAAAUCCAUGUUCACCCUAGAGAAGUGUUCCUCAAAAAGAGAAAUUCUUAAAGCCAUAGCAGCACUGAAGUCACCAGAUGGGGACACCUACACAGGCAAGGCUCUGGAGUAUUCCUUACAGUUCUUUGGUGCUCAACAUGGUGGCAGAGCGGCUCAAAAGGUUCCUCAGAUUCUAAUGGUGAUCACAGAUGGUGACGCUACAGACCGUUACAACCUGCGUGAGCCAUCAAAGGCCCUGCGAGACAACGGGGUGAGUGUAAUCAGUAUUGGAGUGGAAGGAGCCAAGAGGGAUCAGCUGGAGAUCAUGGCUGGUGGAGACACAUCUAGGGUCUUCUACGUGGACAAUUUCAAAGUCCUGGAAACUCUGUACCAGAAUAUUACUCAUGUCCUCUGCAAUACUGCCAAGCCAGCUUGUGAGAAACAGAAAGCCGACCUGGUCAUGUUGCUUGAUCAGUCAGGCAGCAUCACCUCGGGCAACUAUACCAUCAUGAAGACCUUUGCGACAGAACUGGUCACCAGCUUCAAAGUUAGUGAGGAGUUUGUGCGUGUCGGAGUCGCACAAUUCAGCAGCUCUCCUCAGAAGGAGUUUUACCUCAAUGAAUACUACACCGAGGAGGAGGUGAACAAACACAUCCUCAACAUGCGGCAGCUUCGCGGAGGCACCAACAUUGGACAAGCUCUGAAAUUCAUCCGGGACUAUUUCCAAGCAUCGCGAGGUAGCCGUAUUGCUGAGGGAAUUUCUCAGAAUCUCAUACUCAUCACAGAUGGUGCCUCGCAGGAUGACGUGGAGGAUGCAGCCAACGACCUCAGAGCUUUUGGUAUUGAGGUGUUUGCAAUCGGCAUCGGAGACGUCCAGGAUCUGGAGCUCCUGCAGAUUACUGGAAACCCAGAGAAGCUAUUCACUGUGCAAAACUUUGACAGCUUGGUAAACAUCAAGCAAAAAGUGGAUGAUACCAUUUGCAAAUCCAAACCACCACCAUCAGUCCCAUCUGACUGCAGCGUUGAUAUCGCCAUGGGAUUCGAUAUUUCUCAAAGGUCUGGAGCUCCUGGUCAGCUCCUGGUGAGUGGACAGUUGAAGCUCGAGAGAUUCCUGCCAGAGAUCGUCGACUACGUUUCUAGCAUGCAGGGUCUGUGCUGCACUGGAACCACACCCAUCAAGCCCAACAUUGCCUUCCGAGUAGUCAGCCGGGACGGACAAUUUCUGUAUGACUUCAACUUUGAGGAAUACAAUGAGAAUGUGUUGAAGAAGGUCAUGAAUCUGCAGAUGUCUGAGGCCACCUACUUCAACACAGCUCUGCUGCAGUCCUUCAGGAACAAGUUCAGGGUAGAGUCCAGGGCUGGGGUGAAGGUGCUGGUGAUCUUCUCAGAUGGACUUGAUGAAGAUGUGAUGAAACUGGAGGAACAAUCAGAACUUCUACGCAAAUCAGGAGUCCACGCUCUGCUGACUGUCGCACUGGAGGGAGUCCACGAUGCCAGUCAGCUCCAAAUGGUGGAGUUUGGUCGAGGUUUCGGCUACAAGCUUCCUCUCAGCAUCGGCAUGCAGAGUGUUGGCAGCACCAUUCUCAAGCAGAUUGACUCGGUGGCCCACAGGGAGUGCUGUAACGUCAUGUGUAAAUGCUCCGGACAUGAAGGCAUCCGUGGCUCUUGGGGCCCCCCGGGGCCAAAGGGCUCACCUGGAGCAAAAGGUCACCUGGGCUUCCCUGGGGAUGAUGGAGAUUCUGGAAACAGAGGGGCACCGGGACCCAGUGGACCACAGGGCAUCCAGGGCUGCCCCGGGACCAGAGGACAGAAGGGCAGCCAAGGUUACCAAGGCAACAGGGGUGGCGAUGGAGAGCACGGACUGGACGGAGUGGACGGUGAGCAGGGAGCGCCAGGCGCAGACGGAGCUGCAGGAGAACGAGGACGCCCCGGAAACCCAGGCUCCAGAGGCACCAGAGGAGAGGCGGGGCUUAAAGGACAGCGAGGACUGAGAGGAGACCCGGGGGAGCCGGGGGCCGACAACAUCUUCGCGGGACCAAAAGGAGACGUGGGGAACCCGGGCUUACCGGGAGAUCCUGGAGAGGACGGGCGUCAGAAUGAGAGAGGAAACGUUGGACACCCGGGUCCAAAUGGAAGAACAGGACCGCCGGGCCCAGUGGGUGCAACAGGAGAGUCUGGAGAUCCAGGAGUGCGAGGGAUCCCCGGGCCCUCAGGACCUCAGGGAGAGAGAGGGGUCAGAGGUCAGCUUGGACCCAGAGGAGUGGUGGGCCUGCCUGGACCUCAGGGUGAACCAGGACGAGUCGGGAACAAAGGGUCAGCUGGAAGUCGUGGCGCAAACGGACAGAAGGGUCAACCUGGAAAUCCAGGUGUUCAGGGAAUUCCAGGACCACUGGGAGCCAGAGGCAUGCCGGGGCAGGACGGCAGAGACGGAUACGGACCUGCUGGGUCCAAAGGUGCCAAGGGGGAUCCUGGCUUCCCGGGCUAUCCUGGCUCUCAGGGUGAGGCCGGAGAGCCGGGAACCAAAGGAUUUCCAGGCCGCAAAGGAAACGUCGGCCGAGGGGGGAACACAGGCCGGCCGGGAGAAACCGGCGUGCCCGGAGACUCUGGACCGCCGGGACACAGGGGUCCCAGAGGUCCUCCAGGAGUCAGAGCCAUGACUGAAUGCCAACUGAUCACCUACAUCAGAGACAACUGUGCGUGCCGCCUCGAUCGGAUGGCGUGUCCGGCCUAUCCCACCGAGCUGCUGUUCGGCCUGGACAUGUCCGAGGACGUGACCCCGGCCGCCUUUGAGAGGAUGCGCUCCGCCCUCCUCUCCCUGCUGGAGGACAUCGCCAUCGCCGAGAGCAACUGUCCGACCGGCGCCCGCGUGGCCGUGGUGGGCUACAGUGCCCACACCAAGUACCUGAUCCGUUUCCAGGAUUUCCACCGCAAGAAGCAGCUGAUCGACGCCAUAAAGAACGUCGCCCUGGAGCCCACGGCCAGCCGGCGCCACCUGGGGGCGGCCAUGCGCUACGUGGGCCACAACGUCUUCAAGCGCGUCCGGCAAGGGGUGAGGAUGAGGAAGGUGGCCGUCUUCUUCUCCAGCGGGCCAUCCCAGGACUCAUCUGACAUCGUCACCGCGGUGAUGGAGUACCGGGCCUCCAACAUCGUCCCGGUGGUCAUCUCUCUGCAGAGCAGCCCUGCCAUCCGGCAGGCAUUGGAGGCUGAUGACACGGGGAACUCCAUUUUCACGGUGCUGGGGAAGUCGCAGAACCUGGCUGCUGGGCUGAGGAGGGUCCAGCACUGCGCCAUCUGCUACGACCCCUGCAGGCCUCUGCAGGAGUGUGCCGGCGUCCAGGAGGUCCCGAGACCCCAGGCGGUUGAUGUGGACUUGGCCAUGGUGGUGGACGGCUCCAGGGAGAUCCAGGCCGACCAGUACGCCGGCGUCCAGCAGCUGCUGGGCUCCGUGGUGGAGCAGCUGGCCGUGAGCCCGCAGCCCCGCCGGGCCGACGGCCAGGCCCGGGUGGCCAUCGUGCAGCAGAGCGGCCAGCUAUACGGGGGGGCAUCGACGGCCGGCCCGGCGGCCAAGCUGGAGUUCGACCUGCAGGGCUACCAGGAUCAGGGGCUGAUGAAGAGGCACCUGGUGCAGAGCAUGCAGCAGCAGGGCGGCCCCUCGGCACUGGGACACACGCUGGAGUUUGCCCUCAGGGAGGUGCUGCUCAAGGCCAACAAGCCCAGGAGGAACAAGCUGCUGCUGGUCGUGGUGGGCGCCGAGACGGCCCACUGGGACCGGGCCAAGCUGCACUACAUCUCCCAGAAGGCCAAGUGCCAGGGGGUGGCGCUGUUCGUGGUGGCCGUGGGCGAGCACUAUAAUCGGACAGAGGUGGAGGAGCUGGCCAGCCUGCCCGUCCAGCAGCAUCUGAUCCAUGUUGGUCAUCUGAAGCCGGAGGAGCAGGGCUACGCCCAGCGCUUCCUCAGGGUCUUCCUCAACGUCCUCAACAGGAGGAUGAACGAGUACCCGCCCGUCUCUCUCAGACGAACCUGCGAGCAGCUGGAACGCCGACAGGGACAGGAAGCGUUAAUGUUCAGCCAGGACAACCCAGAGCUGGAGGCGGAGCGGGGCAGAGGAGUGGGGCAGAGGAGUGGCGGUGCAGGACGGCCAGCCGGACGUCAUCCAGCUUCUGCCCAGAGGAGAUGGACAAAGCUUCCUCUCAAAACAUAAUUUGAACUGCUAAUUUGGGCGGAGUCAUGUCCUCAUGUGAAAGGCUCCACGCCUCUGAUCCCAGCUCAGCACUGACAACGACGCUCGUCUCGUCCGCAGGUGAGAACCCGCCUCCUGGCCGCCACAGGUGUUUUCUCAGCUGUGUCACGUCCUAAGAUGUUGUGUUGUAUUCUGUUGCUGUGCAGCUGUAUCUGGCACUUUUAGCCCAUGACGAAUUUCCUUCGGGACAAUAAAGUAUAUCUAAUCUAAUCUAAUCUAAGAACAGGAUUCAGGUCAGAGCGGGAAUAACUGCAGCAGGUCACCUCAAACUGCAGCGAGAGGAAACCCUUUCCCAAGGACUUUCUGCAGGCCUCCACACUUAACAUUUACUUAUUAUCAUCAUUUUCUUUCUUUCUUCAGAAAUGUGUUUUCAAAUUCCUGUGAUGGUAAACAGUAGAGACAUGAAGUUCUGCACACUGAUUGGAAGUUGAGUGCAAAUGCCCAAGAAAUAUGACCCCAAUUGGCCUGAUGGGGGCGCUAUGAUGAAAAGAUGUGUGUGCUAUAAAUGCAAAAACGUGUUGUGGCGUAACACAAACCAGAGGCUGUUUGUCCAGUCGUUAAAGUCGUCCUCUUCAUCGUCUGCUCGAGGCUCUCACCUGUCACAGGUUUGGUUUUUGUCCUCGCUGUCGCCCCCUGCUGCUCACAGCGAGGCUCUGCUUCAUGAUUGGCUGUUUCUGUAAAGCGACUUCCCUUCUGUUGGGAUUUGAGGCUUCAACAAAUAAAACUGAGUUGAUGAGAGCAGAGCAGCAGAUCCAGUGUCCAGGCGGGGGGAAGCGAGCAGACGCUCAUGUUUGUGAUCAGAGGGACGCGGCGUGGAGGCGGGGUCAGUUACCUUACAUCACCCUACAGGAUUUCUGGGUAAUCGUGUCCUCGGUGGAAGCCGUCGGCUCCGGCAGCCUUCAGUGCCGCUGAGAGCAGCUUUAAUCUGUCCUGUGUCGUCUCUGCAGUCUUGAUGUCAGGUCACUUCUCUGUCCAUCA